GGGGGCGCGGAAUCCCGGAAGCGGCCGGGCCGGCUGGGUCGCUCCGGGGAUGGUUGGCGUGUCUGGGCGAAGCCGGGGGCGGCCCACCGAGUCGGCCCGGUUCCGGAGCCAUGUCCGACCUCAAGAAGCAAGUGUUUGUUGGAAAAGUGCUGAAGAAACUUUUUCCUGAUGUUCCAAGUGGUCAAGAAAAGAUUGCAACGGCAACUUUGAUCUCAGAAAAACCACCUGAAAAGGUGACACCUGAGAAAGCAAAACUCAAGAGAGUUCAGCCUUUGACAGAUGGCGGCACUAAGAUCCAGACUGAAAGACGACUGUGUGCAGUGAGCCUGCCUCCUGAGGGCUAUAUUCCGUGUCUGCCAGAGCUGAACAGUCGCACGGAUUCUGAGAGCUCGUCCAGCAGGGCUGACGUAGAAGAUGAGGGUCCUCAUGAUCAACCAAAGAGAAAAAGAAUUAGAAAGCAUAAGUCAAAGAAAAAUUUUAAAAAUCCCAAUAAUGUCCAUGUAGAACAAGCAGAAUUAGAGGAACAGCAGAGUCUUUUACAAGAGCAAUUACAGCCACAGCACACAGAUGGCACCACAAUAAGCAAAAAUAAAAAAAGGAAACUGAAAAAGAAACAGCAAAUUAAAAAGAAGAAAGCAGCUGGCUUACUAACAAAAGCUUCUGGCAUCAAUUUCACAUACCAGCCUGAGGAGAGCAACAGUGAACAAGAAGAAUUAAGAAAUACUGAUGAGGAAGGUGUUAAAGACACCAAUGAGCAUGACAUUAGAGACACCAAUGAGGAAGAUGUUAAAGACACCAACGAGAAAGAGGAAGACAUUAAAGACACCAACGCGGAAGAUGUUAAAGGCAUCAAUGAGGAAGGUGUUAAAAGUACCAACGAAAAGGCAGAUAGUAUCCUAAAUUUUUUGAAGUCAACGCGUGAAAUUUAUCUUUAUGAUGGUCUCUCCAAAGAUUCCGAGUCAGCUGUCUUUAUGGAAACCACGGAAGAGCUAUUUAAACGUCUUGAAUCUCACAGCCUGUCGCCCUCAGAUGUGUUCAUUCUGGAUCACAUGAAAACGCUGUUACUUCUGCAAGAUACUGAAGGAUUGAAGAGCGCCCUGGACAUGUUCCCAGAACAGUGCGUGAUGCCUCCCGCUCCAUGUUCAGUGACAUCACAUUGGUGGCUGGAAACGGGCCAUGGUGGGAGUAUUUAGACCAUGAAAAUCUGCCAACACAGAAAAUCAAGGCUUUUUCUGGAGAACUGCUUCACCUCUACACCACUGUUUGCAGGACACUGAGCCUGACCAGAACAGGCACUUGACAAACUCGGUUAAAUGUAUGCAUGAAAGGUACUCUGCAGAUUACUUUGAGGGAAUCUCAAAAUAAAUAAAAUGCAUAGUGUCCAUUCUCAAAAACCUUACAGUACAGCUGAAGUCAAGACUAAUGUAUGAAAAAACAAAAGCCAAAAAGAAAUUAAAGUUAAAUAACAAUAAAGCAAUUAUAAUACAUUGCUCUUAUUUAGUAGGUGAAUGGUAUAGAUAAUAAGUACUUUGAUUCUUAAGUGGAAGAGGUCAUUGUAGGUUGGGAUAACCAGGAGAGACUGCCUCACAGGUAUGUUAAUUAUUUGUUAAGGAGAUAUUUACUGUUCAUCCUCCUGAUGCCAGGCACCGUCGUGGGUCAUAGAGAUAGUAUCAGUGAGCCAGGUAGAUGAAGAUCCUGCAUUUUGGUGCUUACGUGCUAGUGGGGGAGACAGAAAAUAAGCAAGAUACACAAACAAAAGGUGUAGUAUAUUUGAUAGCGAUAAAUAGGGAAGGAGGAUAUUCUUGCAGCCAAGUGCAGAUGCGUCUAGUCUGUUGAAGGAGUCGAAAGGAGAUGUCUACUGUGAGGCACCUGAGGAGACCAGCUUGGUUGGAGCAGAGUGAAAUGGGGCGUAGAGCAGCAGAUGAAGAGAGAGAGGUGACAGGGGGAUCGUGUCAUGUCGGGCCCCAGAGGUCGUGGUAAGUUUGUUGGCUUUUGCUCUAAGAGAAUGGGAAAUUACUGGAAGGCUUAGAGUGGAAGGGCAACAUGAUCUGACUGCACUUUGCAGAACCUUUUUGGCCAUUGUGUUGAGAGUGGAUUGAAGCAGCGACCAGUAAGGGGUAACAGUAAUUGUAGCUGAGACCAGGAUGGUGAAGUACUGUCAAUAUUUUGUAGGUAGAUUCAGUAGGAUUUUCUCACAGACCAAAUGUAGGAUGUAAGAGAAAGAGACACAUCUUUGGCCUGAGCAAUUGGAAGAAUCAAGUAUCCAAUUAUGAGGCAGGAAAGACUGCUAGAGGGAGCAGAUUUUGGGGAGAAGAGACAUAUUAGGAACUCAGCUUGGGAUAGGUUAAGUUUGAGAUGCUUGUUUGAUAGAUACCUAGGAAGAGAUUUAGAAUUGCGAAAGCCAUUGGUCGCCUUGAUAGUAGUGUUGGCGGGGGUGGACAAGAAGAAGUAAAAGUUUUCUUGGAGUGGGUGCAAGAGAGAAUAAGAGUGGAGAAACUGGAGACUGAGUAACGAUAAUGCUUUCAAGAAUGUUUACCAUGAGAGAAGAUGACAAAUGAGGCUGGAGGAAGAGGUGGGGUCAAGAGGUUUUAUGUUUAAGAUGGGCAAGAUGGCAGCACUUUUGGUUGCAGAUGGCACAGAGCCUGUGAGAAGGAGAAACUGACGCUGUCACAGAGGUGGGAGAACUGCUGAAGCCACGUCCCUCUGUUGAAAACAGUAGUUGGAGCUUUUUGUGUUUAUAUUAAUAUGUAAUUAACAUAUGAAUAAGUUACUCUAAAAGAUCAUUUUACUCUAGUGAUCCAGCACCUGUUAGUUUCUGUCAGUUGAGAGGCCAAAUUGUAUUAAAUAUUUAACAAAUUUAGACCUCUGUAAUAGACUUUUACCCCAAAUUGUGCAAAAUCCAGUAAGCUAAACUAAUACAAGAUUUUUAUGAAAGAUGAAAAAAUCAUUUAAAAACUUUAAUUAGAAAAUAUUUGUAUUGUGUCCCUCAUGCUCAAGACUUUUCUUACGCUAGAGUUCUGAAAUGCGUCAAGAGAAUAUUUGGCCACUGUUGGGAGUUUAGCAAAAAUGCUCCCUCGGUUUCAUAUGUUAAAAUCAUUGGACUGGUUCUGACCACAACUACUUUAACAGCUGAUAGAACUAAAAUUUAUAUAUGAAGCAAUUUUCUGUAUAAAUGAAUACCCUUUUAGUGCAUAUAGGAUGCACAGUGAAAGUUUUCCUACGUGAAGUUAUUCUGUAAAACAAUAUUUUAGAAAUGGCAAAGGCAUACUUUCAGUUAUUAGAUAUAUCUUAUGCCAGUUUCGCUUAAAGAGCUUUCUGAAAUUGAGUUUUCUCUUUCAUAAGACUAGUUAAUAAAAUUUAGUCAAUGUAUCUCUCAUCUCUGUAGGAUGAGCAUGAAAAUAAUAACAUUUUAAAAUUAGGUGUAGGGUUUUUUCUACCAGUUGUAAUUCCUUUAUCUUCUUCGCUGAUGGAACAAUUAUUUUUCCUGAAUCAUAGACGUUUCGUUUGACUAGAAUAUAGAUAGCCUUUUCAAAAGUUAAAUUCAUGUCUUUUUAUACUGUUGGGACACAGCUGGCACUCAGUAAAUUGAAAUGAUCUCACAUUUAUAUCUUAUAUGAUAAAAAAAAUUUUUUUUUAUGAUAUAUAUAUGUGCUAUCAUAAUAAUACAAAAAAGUCCAUUGCCAUUGAGUCAAUUCCGACUCAUAGUGACCCUGUAGGACAGAGUAGAACUGCCCCGUAGAGUUUCCAAGGAGCAGCUUCAAACAGCCAACCUUUUGGUUAGCACCCCAGCGCUUAACCACUGUGUCACCAGGGCCCCUAGAAAACCAACCCCUUGCAGAUGAGUCGAUUUCAACUCACAGGGACCCUAUAGGACAGAGUAGAACUGCCCCCAUAGGGUUCCCAAAGAGCAGCUGGUGGAUUUGAACUGCUGACCUUUGGUUAGCAGCCUGAGCUAUUAACCACCGGGGCUCCAUCAUAAUCGUAGCUCCCAUUUAUUUCAUUUUUAUCAUGCUCCACAGACUGUGAGGGUACUGUACCUAUUUCCUCAUUUAAUCCUGGGUGGCACAAAUGGUUUGCAUUUGCCUAUUAACCAAGAAGUUGGUGGUUUGAACCCACCCGGUGGCACCAUGGAGAAAAAGGCCUGGUGGUCUACUUCCAUAAAGAUUACAGCCAAGAAAACCCAAUGGAGCAGUUCUAUUCGGUAACACAUGGGUUCGCCAUGAAUAGGAAUUGACUGGACUGCAAUGGAUUUAGUUUUGGUUUGAUAUAUAAAUUAAGUUUUUAUUGUCCACAUGUUGAGGAAACAGAGGGUUACUGAGGUUAGGUAACUUCCUUGGGGCAGAAUAGAGUCUACUUUAGAAGAAUCUUAGAGGUCCACUUCUCUUUGGAUCCCCCAGGCUCCCAUCGGCGGCUUAGAGCCCAGGAGUUGGCAGCCGGUCAGGCCUCUCCUCGCUGUUCCCCAGGUCUGUAGACCCAGCCUGGAGGCUCCCGUCAGCAGCUUAGAGCCCAGGAGUUGGCAGCUGGUCAGGCCUCUCCUCGUUGCUCCCCAGGUCUGUAGACCCAGCCUGGAGGAUCCCAUCGGUGGCUUAGAGCCCAGGAGUUGGUAGCCGGUCAGGCCUCUCCUCACUGUUCCCCAGGUCUGUAGACCCAGCCUAGAGGCUCCUAUCGGUGGCUUAAAGCCCAGGAGUUGGCAGCCAGUCAGGCCUCUCCUCGCUGUUCCCCAGGUCUGUAGACCCAGCCUGGAGGCUCCCAUCAGUGGCUUAGAGCCCAGGAGUUGGCAGCCAGUCAGGCCUCUAGCAUCAGCAGCAGUAGACGAAUUCCCUGGGGACAAUCCUAGGAUCUGAAGUUGACUCGGAAAGGUUGCCGAUCGAUUUUGCCCUUUUCCCUUAGAACUUAGUGCGUGCUCUCUGUGAUUAAUAACUUUAGAAGUAGAAGUCCAUUAUAAACUGAAUUCUACGUGACAGGAUUUGAAUAGUGCCUUUACAAGUUAUAUAAAGCCUGACAUUUGAGGUUAAUCUUUAUUCAGGGCUGUAAUUCUCCCAUGAAACAAUAGAAGGGUUGGCAGGUGAUGUUGAAGGCUGUCAAUUGAUACUUGGCGUUUGGCUGCUCCUGGCGUAGCGUCAGCUUGCGUGACGUUGGAAUGCUGCGUAAUCAGUUUAUUGUACCACUUAGGCAUCACUUUUCACUUCCAAUUUUUCUAGCUCAUCUUCGAGGUAGCCUUCAAUUUGCAUUUAAUUUCAGUUUGUACAUGGUUUUCUUUCAAACCAGAUUAUACACUGGCAGUAUUUGCACUCUGAUUCUGUGAAGUUCAGGCCUCACGGGAGACGUAGGACUCAUAAAGAGGCGAUAGCAAAUAUUCAGAACUUAUCCUUCUCUGUUGCCAUACUUGUAUAUAACGUAAGGCUCACUAGUCUGGUAAGUCACCACCAACAUCCUUUUUUUACCAGAGCUACAUUUUAUUAGAUGAUUAUUUCAAAGGUUUACUUUGGGCUGGCCCGAAGGCUAACAUCUAAAAAAAAAUAGCAAACUCGUAAUUUAUGAUUAUUUUUUUUUUUUGCU